AACCCUAGUUCUCUAUAUAAAAAAAACCCCAGAGUUCUCCACUCAGGCAGUCUAACUUCCCGCAUUUCCCAAUCCCUCAUCCCCUACAUUCCAAUGGCCGCCGCCGCUGCGCGACCCCUCGUAACGGUGCAGUACCUUGAGGGAGACAUGGCUACCGAUUCUGCGGCCACUGUAGCCCUCCCCGAUGUUAUGAAGUCGACGAUUCGACCCGAUAUCGUCAACUUCGUCCACUCAAAUAUCUCGAAGAAUAAGAGGCAGCCCUAUGCUGUCUCCAAGCGUGCCGGCCACCAAACCUCCGCUGAGUCAUGGGGAACAGGUAGAGCUGUCUCACGUAUUCCUCGUGUUUCUGGGGGCGGUACCCACAGAGCUGGACAGGGUGCCUUUGGUAACAUGUGUAGAGGUGGUCGCAUGUUCGCCCCAACCAAGAUCUGGCGCAAAUGGCAUCGCAAGAUCAAUGUCAACCAGAAGCGCUAUGCAGUUGUUUCGGCUAUAGCUGCUUCUGCCGUUCCUGCUCUCGUCAUGGCACGUGGCCACCGGAUCGAACAAGUUCCAGAGAUGCCCCUCGUUAUCAGCGAUUCUGCUGAGACGGUGGAGAAAACUUCCGCUGCUAUCAAGGUUCUCAAGCAGAUCGGGGCCUAUGCAGAUGCGGAGAAAGCCAAGGACAGCCAUGCCAUUCGUCCAGGUAAGGGAAAGAUGAGGAAUCGCCGCUACAUCUCGCGGAAGGGCCCUCUGAUUGUCUAUGGUACUGAAGGAUCUAAACUUGCGAAGGCAUUCAGAAACAUCCCUGGAGUUGAGGUCUUGAACGUAGAGAGGCUCAACCUGCUUAAGCUUGCUCCUGGUGGUCACCUUGGCAGGUUCGUGAUAUGGACCAAGUCUGCUUUUGAGAAGCUGGACUCCAUCUAUGGUUCCUUUGAACAGUCAUCUGAGAAGAAGAAGGGGUAUGUGUUACCUCGUUCCAAGAUGGUGAACGCUGACUUGGCCAGAAUUAUCAACUCCGACGAGGUACAGUCAGUGGUGAAGCCCAUCAAGAAGGAGGCGAAGAGGGCUACACUCAAGAAGAAUCCACUGAAGAAUUUGAAUAUCAUGCUUAAGCUUAACCCCUAUGCGAAGACAGCAAAGAGGAUGGCACUUCUAGCUGAGGCUGAGCGUGUCAAGGCAAAGAAGGAAAAGCUGGAAAAGAAGAGGAAUCCAAUUUCGAAGGAGGAGGCAGCUGCAAUCAGGUCAGCGGGCAAGGCAUGGUUCCAGACCAUGAUCUCAGACAGCGAUUAUACAGAGUUCGACAACUUCUCAAAGUGGCUUGGGGUCUCCCAGUAAACAAGUUCCUGCUUUUGAAAGUUACUUAGAGCCUAUGUCAUUAUUCCCGUAUGCCAUAAGGUUGACUUAUUUUUUAUGUUGUUAUUUUCUGCAACAUAGAUGAGACUUGCUUGGCAGACUGGGAGUUCAUUUACGGAUGUUGUUUAAACUUUAAACAUGGUUUUCUUUUUUCCUUUCAAUUUUGUGCCUUAUAUCUCUUAUGGAUGACUUUUUUUUAAAGGUUAGUUAAUUUUAAUUAGUUGGGUUUAGUCCCUUGUGGUACUGCACUUUACUCUGUAGACUCCAUAACGAUGGUGGUUUUGCAAUGGUUUGUUUCGAUAUGUAUGUGGCCUUUUGGAAA